AUGAAGCGCCUGCCCAAGGACCAGCACCCGCUCGUUGCCGACGCGUGCCAGCCCGUGGAGUUCAAGGCGGGGGUGAGCAUCAUCAAGCAGGGCGACAUCGGCGACGAGUUCUACGUCAUCAAGACAGGCGAGGCCAGCGUCUCGGUCAAGGGCGAGGACGGCGCCACGGCGAAGGUCGCCACGCUCAAGAGCGGGGACUACUUCGGGGAGAGGGCGCUGCUCGCGGACGAGCCCCGCGGGGCCACCAUCACCACGGAGUCCGCGCUCACCGCGUACAAGAUCUCCCGCGCGGCCUUCCAGAACCUGAACCUCCACAACAAGCUCCAGUUCGCGAACCGGAAGGCCGUGGGCGGCCAAGACAAGGACAAGGUGGAGGCGAAGGCGCCCUCCAAGAAGACGGACGCCGAGGUGACCCUGAUCACCGAGGCCCUGAAGAAGAACGAGAACCUCGCCACGAUGACGACCCUCGACGACGCUCGCUGCAAGCAGGUCGUCGAUAGGAUGUGGAAGGAAGAGAUCGAUGCAGGCCAAGAGAUCAUCAAGGAGGGCGACCUCAAUGCGGACUACUUCUACGUGGUGCAGGAUGGGAGCUUCGACAUAUACGUCUCCGCCGAGGGAGAGGACGACAUGCAGCCCACGAAGCCGCCCGCGGAGACCGCUGGAGAUCCCAAGGUGGUGGGCACGGUUGGCAAGGGCGGAAGCUUCGGAGAGUUGGCCUUGCUCUAUUUCGUGCCGAGGGCAGCUACCGUGAAGGCGAAGACGAAGUCAUCGGUCUGGGUGAUCGAUCGCGCGAGCUUCAAAGAGAUCUUGAUGAAAGUGUCGGACGCGAAGAUCGCAGAGUACAAGAAGUACAUCGACAACGUCCCAAUUCUGACGAGCCUGCUGACCGAGGAGAAGGAGGUCGUCGCGAAGGCCCUCGUGGAGAUGCACUUCUGCAAGGACGAGCUGAUCAUCCAGCAGGGGGAGCAGGGCAACACGGGGGGCAUCGGCGGACAUCCUCUACGAGGGCGCCGUCGACAUUGUCAAGGAUGGCAAGACGAUGACGAACCUGCAAGCGAGCGUCAAGAGGGACACGGCGCAGUACUUCGGUGA